CCCCAGUCUCCGCUCUGACCUGCCCCUCGCGCGGACGUGCUCUCUGCGCAGUCUCGCUCCGUCUCACUGCGCAUUGAAUAGUGCGAGAGAGAGAUAGAGGAAGAGAGAGGGAGGGAAAAGUUAGUGAAAUACGGGAGCAAAAAUAUUAAGGAAGCUUUUAACUGAGAAGUAAACAACAAAAACAAAACGUGUGAAAGAUAAACGGCAAUAAUUAGUGGCAAAGGAGAGGAAAAUACGAAGCAAAGAAAGGUUGAGUAAAGACAGAAAUAGAAAAGGGGAAAAAGAUGAAAAAGAAGCAGUGCCAAAGUAAAGAAAAAUAGAGUGAAACAAUAAACAGAAAAAAAGGAAAUCAAACGAAACACCAACGCCAAAAGAAGGAGAAAGAAAGAAAGAAAAGACAGAAAGAGAAAACGAGGAAAGUAAUAACUCGAGAACGGUUCAACAAAACGAGUGAAUAAAAUCCGCCAAGAUGAACUACGGGCUUGUGAAGAACGAGCUGCUUCUGGAGGCGAACGGCGUGGCCCCCGCCGCCCCCUGCUUCGGGGGGCUGCAGCACCCGAGUCAGAGGAGGAGGCGCUCAGUUCUGCGUGCACGCGGACAAGCGCAAGAUGCUGCAAGAACUGACCAGCUCGUUGCACGCGCGGCCCAACAAGGCGCACGUGCUGUGGGAGCUCGCACACUGCAUCUCGUCAGCUGUGAACGCCGACGGGUUCAACUUGUACCUGGUGGAUCACGUGACUUCGACGCUGCAGCACUACGUCGAAACCAAAGACGGGACGGAAGUCACGGGCGGUGAACGGUGGGCGUGUGACGUCGGUCCGGGCACGUGGAUGUGUGCCUGGAUCGCCCACUCGCGCCAGACGCUAAGGGUGACCUCGCCCUCACAUGACCCGAGGUUCCCACGGGGGACGCCCUUCCCCGAGCAGGGCCUCCACCACGCGCUGGGCAUGGUGGUGGUGCAGAGCGACGGCCAUCUGGCGGCGGUGCUGGAGAUGUACCGGCGGGAGAGCGGCGAGAGCUUCCACGAGGAGGACGAGGAGAUCGUGAACUCGUACCUGGUGUGGGGGGGGAUCGCCCUGCACUACGCCGAGCUCUACCACAGCAUGGUCAAGCAGAGGAAGCUCAACGACUUCAUUCUGUCUGUCGUCAAGUCGAUCUUCCAGGACAUGGUGAGCAUGGACACGCUCAUCAUGAAGGUCAUGAACUUCGCGCAGAAGCUGGUCUACGCCGACCGCGCCUCGCUCUUCCUCGUCGACGCCAAGAACCGGCAGCUCUACGCCAGGAUCUUCGACAUGGGCAGCGAGUUCGACGAGGACAACCCGCCGCAGGCCUCGAAGGAGAUCAGGGGGAUGGNAUAG